AUGACCCUGUUCCUUCGUUAUGUGAAAAUGCUGAUUGAUGGAGGCUACGACAGUCGCACUAAGCAGCAUGUUCGGCGGCAGAAGCGCGAAGCGGUCGAGUGCGAGGACUACGACCGGGCCGCGGAAUUAAAAGCUCUGGAACAGCAGCUGCAAGGCGCCAGGCAGCUUGAAGACGCCCACGCAUCGCGCGCAGCCGUGCGGCUGAUGGCAGACUCCGACAUGGAGGAGUCCGGCCGGGAGUGGUUCCAAAUCCUUAGGAAAGGACUUCUCCUCCAGCCCGUGAGCGACUGGACUGCAUUCUUGCCCGAAGUGCGCAUGGAUACGCCAUGGUAUUUCGGACUGCUCGCUGGAUCUUCGGAGGACCCCGGAGCCAGGAGGGAAGCGCUGCUAUCCUUCUACAUCGGCUACUCCACCUGGGAUGGACGGUGCCUCUUCCUUGAUCAACUUCCAGAAGGAGACGAGGACACCGAGAAGAUGUACCUUCAAAUUCUGGCAAGGAUCGCCCUUCGAAUUGGUUCUAGACGGCUGACUUGGAAGCGACGGUCCAUCCCCGAAUGGUACAAGACCGGUCCCCCCGAGAUUUCGGAGGGAUUGCUGGUUCUUCGAAUGGAUCGCCGGGCCAUGGAGUCCUACGCCGGCCGAGAGCCCCAGGACCUGGCGGGAGGAAAGGCCUUCCACCGAGCUUUCGUGGAAGAGCAGGUGCAGGAGUGCUUGGAUGAGCGCAGGUCGUCGCGACCCAACCUCCACAUCCGACUGGCGGACGCCGACUCCGACGCCGAGGUCAUGGCGCGGCUGGUGCGCGGACUUGCGAUCUACACGCAGGAGCCACCGGAAGCCGUUCGCUGCACCGCCCGCGACUACCUCGUUGAUGGUGGUGGCCCCACUCCACUCUACUACUGCCUGCUGAUUGACCACAUUGACAGCAGCACGGGCGAAAAGACAACCUGCGGCAUUGCAGUGGUCUACUUCGGCUACUACAUGAAAGAGGGUCGGUUCUUGUACUUGGAGGACCUCUAUGUUGAGGAAGCGUAUCGAAGCAAAGGAGCGGGGAGCACCACUUUAAGGGCCUUGGCCGACAUCGGGCUCCGGCUGGACUGUGCGGCGUUUUAUUGGCUGGCACUGGAAUGGAACAAGCCGGCACUCGAAAUGUACACCAAGAUUGCCGAGGUGCAAGAGGGACUGCAGGUGCACAGAUAUACGGAUGAGAAGCUAGCAGAGUUUGCGGAAGGAUUAUUGGCAUAG